ACCAUUCACCCCCCCCCUAGUUGUGUUGACACACACGCCAUUUACCAUUCUUCCACAAAGAUUGACACCGACCAUUCUCCGUUCGCCUAAAAGUAAUGGUCCGUCAUUCGAAUUACCUAGUCGUAGUCAGUUCUUAAUUGAAUCUGACUUCUGACUUCUUUUAUUUCUUCUGUCUUUCCCUUCCUUUCGUUUCUAACAUCAAGCCUCGUGCAAACUACUACAAACGACUAUUGUAUUAUUUUUGUCCCUUUUUUAUUAUUAUUCUACUCGAAUUUAUCGCAUUGCCAUUGCACUAGCAUUGCUACCAUUACGUUCAAUCUAUCAAUAUUUUUAUUCUCUCUCCAUCUUACGAGUCCGCGUCUCCAAGUCGGCAUCCGAUCUACCUUCACCGCAGGCCCGCCUAUGCAAUAAUUCUCCACUUUCCCUCGUCACCGUCUUUUCGGUCGUCCCAGCGACUACCGCCAAACAACAAAUCCACCAAGUUGUCCUUCAUUAGGACUGUUGCGACACGCUUCUUUUUUUCUUCUUCCACUUUACCUCUAUAGCCACAACUCUCAAACAACAUCAUGUCGUCCCUCCCCCCUGAUCCAUACAAGAUCCUCGGUGUAUCUAAAGAUGCUCAACUGCCAGAGAUACGAUCUGCCCAUCGGAAGCUGGUGCUAAAAUGCCAUCCCGACAAGGUUCAAGAUCCCAAGUUGAAAGAAGAAAAGCAGAAAGAAUUUCAGCAAGUUCAACAGGCCUACGAAUUGCUAAGCAACGAGGCUGAACGGACCAAAUACGAUGAGAAAGUCAAACUUGAAGAGCUGAGAAAGGAGAGGGGAAUGACGUCGACCUCGACGUCGACUCCUCGUUCUUCUAAGCGCACUGAGACCAAGUACCAUUUCGACGUUCGCGAGGCUGAACCGCGACCUACUACAUUUGCAGCUUCACCUAGUUCCCACAAUGUCUAUGGUCAUACGCCUCCAUCCCGCUCUUGGGAUGAAGAUAUCUAUAGGAAAUACGAUGAUAAGCCUCGCUAUGCGAGGAAGACGGCGAGCUACGAGUAUGAGCGAGAGAAGCCAUCUCGGAAAGAGGAAGAGCGGAGGAGACGGAAGGAGGAGGAGGAGUGGAACAAGGAGAAAGACAAGGCGAGAGAGAGGGAAUUGAGAGAAGCGGAACGAAUUAAAGAGCGUGAGGCGCUGAGGGAAAGGGGAAGGGAAAGGGAGAGGGAGAAGGAGAAGGAGGCUGCCAAGAAGGAGAAAGAACGGCGCAAAGAUGACCGGAAGGAGGACAAGAAGCGGUCCGACAAAGACCGACGCAAGGAAUCCGAGGAGAAACAUCGCCGUCAUAAGUCGCCCUACAUAGAAGUUUGCCCGGACGACCAAGAGGAGAACCUAUAUACAACCUCGCCUUCCAAGUCUGACAAGAAGAAGUCUAGUAGUACUCGGAAGUAUGACGAUGUACCUGUCGCCCCGCCCCCGCCUCGGGAAACAAGUCGGCCACCACCAACCACCGAACGCGAAAGGAAGAAUACGGAGACAUUGGAGUCUGCGAUUCGGUACCUCAGUAGGUCUGGCGGAAAGCCGCCGACACUCAACCGGGCGCAGACAUAUCAUCCGGAAUUCUCAGUCCGACAUAUCGCCCCGAUCGCCGUACCCACACCGCCGCCGGCUACUACUUCGGUAUUCACUCCACCGCCCAUGGCCGAUUCCAGGGAUAUGUCGGCAGAUGAAGAUCCAUUAAACAGGUCAUCGGGUAGAACUCGCCGCAUGUCGCACGACACUCCCCGCUCCAAGGAGAAAUCUAGCAAGAAGUCGGGGCCGCCUCGAGAGAUUAUUGUAGAUGCCACUCCAAUAUCCGCUACCGCUCGAGGAAUCCCCUCUUUUCAGAAAUCACACUCGAUCCCGAUUCCCAUACACGCUGAUGGUCACCGAAUUCCGCCUCUGAGUCGCUCGAAUACCGAUAAUUACUCUCGGCCACCUCAGGCCCCGGGUCUAGAACGAGCAUCAACGUGGAUGGCAGGUUCUGAGCUGGGACGAGACCGCAGUCGUUCACGCCCUACUCGCAUCUAUUGCGAUGAGUCAUCAGAGGAAGAUCGAGAUCGACGUCACCGUCGUGGCCGGCGUAUGCAGUCUCCAGAACCCAUCACCACGCAGUCCACCAAGAGGUACACGGUAGACUCGACCAGGAGGGUUAUUCCGGUACCAGAGCACUAUUUCGCAGAGGACACACCUAGGAGUUCGAAGAAGACUUCCCAUCAUACGCCCAAUAGCUCUGCGCGGCGUGAAGCUCGGCCGAGUUACUAUGUGCAUGAAAGCUAUGAGGAGGAUACGCAUGGGCCAUUUCCGAAUGUGAAAUAUGCCGACCAAUUCGACCCAAAAGAUAUUAAGUAUACCGAGGUCCCUCACUCGACGUUUCAGCAGGAGGUGUAUACAUGAUUGCUCGGAGAAGUCGAGAACGGGUCUGAAAUCAAUCGAUGUUUUGACCUUGUACGCGAUCUGUCGAUAACACGAAAUCUAUCAUUGUUUCGACAAGAGGAGGUCAGAAUAUCAGGGUUUGUCGUAAAUCACAUACCCAUGAUCAAGAGCGUUUCUCAACGCGGUUUUAUUUCUUUUUUUUCCAUAGUUCGAAUUCGGCGUUCUCAGUGGCUCAGGCGUUUGAGAUACAUUACCCGUUAAAGAAAUUUUUGAAAUGCAGUAACGACUUGAUGUCUUUUCUGAUGGACUUGGUGAAGAGGCGGGAUGGAGACAAGCUAGGUAAAAUUCCUUUCGAAGGUCCUAUGAGGUUUUCAAAGGCGGUGGGAGGGCUUUUUGUGGUUUGGGUCGGCUUACAUUAGCCAAUCACAAAACUUACAAAACCGUCACACCUACUUGUAGGUAGCCUAUUUGGCCUCCAAAUGGCGAGCAAGCUUUACCAUCUCGCCUCUCCAAGCCCCACGAAGUUUACGAGAGAUGUUUACCGUUGUUGGAUUUUCGUUCUUUCCAUGACUAUUUC